AUGAGAGCACCAGAGCUGUCUUCUUCCAUCUUUGUCCGAGUAGCUGAAGGAGGUGCGUCGAUCUGCUCUGUUUCACUCUUCCCUGCUCUGCAUAUUCUCCUUCAUUCUGGCUUCUUCCGUUUUCUCCUCCUGUCAUCGGCGAGUGUGUGUGUGGAGGCGGAGAAGCCUAGCUUGUCGACGCUGCAGACUUCUAAUUUUUCCCCCGUUUUGCAACGCUGCCCUGAGGGAAUUAAGGCGAAAAUAAAGAAUGCAGAACAAACCAGAGUCGCAGACAGAGGGAUACCGGCACCGCACGCACGCUCAGCUCUUAGAUUGCAGCUCGCAAGUUUGUCACGGUUUCAGAUCUCUCGUCUCUUUGAGCUACAAAGUCACCGUUCGGUACCGAUUUUCAGAUCGCCGCAUCUGGUUUGGCUUCUUGUUUCUAUUCUCGGUUUCACGGUUUCAAUUCAGAGCUGCGAACUGCGAAGUCACGGACUCACGGUUGGCGCAUCUGGUAAAUUUCUGAUUUGGGAUUUGAUUAAGGUUUCUGUGCUGACUGCUGAGAUUGAAAGAGAUUUAACAGGAAUUUCCAGUAUUAUGGAAGCUGAAGAGAUUGAAAGAGUUGGAAGAUUUCGUUUUAAAAUGACAUCUGAAAAUGCUUCAACUACUGCAUCAACACAAUCUGUUAGAUCAAAGACAGAUCCUACAUGGGAGCAUUGUGCUGAGGUCAAGCUCCCAGAUGGCAAAAUUCGCCUAAAAUGUUUGUACUGUGCAAAAGAAUUUGCUGGUGGAGGGAUUCAUAGAAUGAAACAACAUCUUGCUGGAAAGAAAGGGGAUGCAAUAAGUUGCAAAAAGGUGCCUGCUGAUGUUCGCUACCGACUUGAAGAAAAUUUAAAGGAGAUUAGGGAGAAUAAAGGCAAAAGGCAAGAUAGUUAUGAAGAGGACAAUCCAUAUGGCCCUAAUGUCACACCAUUAGAAAGUCAUGAUGGAAAUUUAGAAGAAAUUUCUACUCCUCAAUCUCAAACCCUCAAGGAAAUUCAAUCACAAAGUCAAACGCAACUUGGAAAAAGAAAGGCUCCUAUUGACAAAUAUUUUGCACCAAGAACAACCCCAGGAGCACAGCCAGGGAUACGAAGUGCGCUUGCAGGUAAAGAACCUAUACGUAGGGCAGACAUGGCUUUUGCUAAGUGGAUGUAUGAUUGUUGUAUCCCAUUGAAUGUUGUCAAUUCAGCAUUCUUUCAACCUAUGAUUGAUGCGUUUACAGCUAUUGGCCCUGGUUAUAAAGGGCCAAGUUAUCAUGCCAUGAGAACUAAAUUACUGCUUGAUACUAAAAAGGAAGUUCAAUUAAUGGUUGAUAGUUUUAGAAACUUUUGGGAUGAUACUGGUUGUACAAUCAUGGCCGAUGGUUGGCAAGAUCAAGCAAAUAGGCAAUUGAUUAACUUUCUUGUCUAUUCUCCUAGGGGAAUUGUUUUUAUUAAAUCUGUUGAUGCAUCAGACAUAGUCAAGGAUGCCCAAAAUUUGUGCAACUUAUUCACUGAAAUGGUUGACUUUGUUGGAGUUACAAAUGUUGUGCACUUGGUAACUGAUAAUGCAGCUAAUUAUAAAGCUGCUGGGCGGUUAUUAUGUGAUAAAUUUCCUUCUAUUUUUUGGUCUCCUUGUGCUGCACAUUGUUUGAACUUGAUUUUAGGAGAUAUCGGUAAAAUGGAUAUUGUGAUUGGCUUGGCAACACGUGCAUCUAUGGUGACAAAGUUUGUUUAUAAUCAUGCCUUUUUGCUUGCUUGGCUGAGAAAAAGAGAAGGUUGGACUGAAAUUAUUCGCCCUGGGGUGACACGAUUUGCUACCACUUUUAUUGCAUUGAAAAGUAUUCAUGAGCAUAAACAUGAUUUGCAAGCCUUGGUAACUAGCAAAGUAUUUUUAGAUUCUAGAUACUCAAAAGGAGAAAAGGCAAAGGAUGCGACUUUAAUAGUGCUAGACAAUCAAUUUUGGAAUGAUUGUAAAAUUGUAGUCCAAAUUGUUUCACCACUUAUUCGAUUGUUGAGGAUUGUUGAUGCUGAUGAGAGGCCUUCACUUGGGUAUGUAUAUGAUGGCAUGUACAGGGCAAGAAAAACUAUCAAGAAUAUAUUAAUGAAUAAAAAGCCCUUGUAUAAGCCUUACACAAGGAUUAUCAAGAAAAGGUGGGAUUCUCAACUUCGUCAGAAGCUUCAUGCAGCAGCUUAUUUCCUAAAUCCUGUGUUCUUUUAUGAUAAGCAGAGCUUUUCUAAAAAGCCAGAGGUUAUGGCUGGAUUUCUUGAUGUUUUGGAUAAGACAAUCACUUCUAACAAAACCAAGUUUGUACAAGAAAGUUUGUUGUAUCAAGAUAGAGUUGAUAGCUUCGGUCGUUCCUUGGCCAUUUCAUCUAUAAACUCAUUGCGGCCAAAUGAAUGGUGGAAAAUGUUUGGUGAUAGUGCACCAAAUGUUAAAAAAUUGGCAAUGAGACUCUUAAGCCAAACUUCAUCUUCAUCUGGUUGUGAAAGAAAUUGGAGUGUUUUUGAAAGAAUACACUCUAAAAAAAGGAAUAGGUUGGAGCAUAAAAGGUUAAAUGAUCUUGUGUUUAUUCAUUACAACCUUCGUUUGAGAAAUAGAGUUUAUAACAAGAAAAGAUCUUUUGAUCCUAUUGAUUAUGAAAGUAUUGGUGACAUUGAGUAUUGGAUCAUGGAAGAUGAAGAUUCUCCCACCCUUAAUUAUGAUGAGAUAGAAGAAGCUAUGCUUUAUGAUGAUACAAUAAUUCCACAAGUUUCUAUCAAUCAAGAUGAAGGUAAUAAUGAAGGAGGAGGCAAUGAGGUUCCGUCUGGGGGUGGAUGUUCAAUCAUAGAAGGACUUGAUUUGAGAUCUUUUGCCCAAGAAGAUGUUGAAACUUAUAGUUAUGAUGAUUUACGGGAAACUCAUGCUUGGCUUAAUCAGGAUCCACCAAUCUUUGAUAAGUCAUGAAUAGAUAAA